UUUCAAAAUGGCGAACGUUUAGGUUGUGUGUUACUGUUAUCUUUUUUGUUUUUUUUAUAAAUUUUACACGCUGUUGACUUGACUUUGAGCUUUAAUGGGUCGGUCGCCGAGUCCGCGGCGGCGUGAAGACCGACGUGACCGCAGGGAAAGGGACAGGGACCGCGACCGGGACCGCGAGAGGCGAAGGCCUAGGACCCGGUCACGAUCCCGCUCUCUAGACCGUCGGAGGCGCUCCCCCGAACGCCGACGCUCACCCUCCCCACGAAGAAGAAGAUCGCGAUCAAUAUCGCCGACACCGACCACGUCAUUCGUGCCCAAACCGAAAAAGAACUUCGGCGAACGGCCCAUAGUCACGCCCGCAGAUUUGGAGGGAAAAACGCCCGAGGAGCAAGAAAUGUUGAAGGUUAUGGGUUUCUGCGGCUUCGAUACCACAAAAGGUAAGAAAGUCGAAGGUAAUGUUGAAGGAGAUGUUCACUUAGUACUGAAACGGAAAUAUAGACAAUACAUGAACAGGAAGGGUGGUUUCAACCGACCGUUGGACUUUGUCGCUUAA